CGGAGGAUGUGGUGUUCAUGGGAUUGCAGUGGAUCCUCUCGUUCCUGCAGUCCGCCUUCUUCGGGGAUGAGUCGAUGGAGGAGCUGAAGAUGUCCGGAUCCAUCGCGUCCUACGACCAACUGGUGAGGCAAGUGGAGGCGCUGAAGAAAGAGAACACCCAUCUCCGGCGGGAACUGGAGGACAACUCAAACCAUCUCUCCAAGCUAGAAAAUGAGACCUCAGAUAUGAAGGAAGUUUUGAAGCACCUGCAGGGCAAACUGGAACAGGAGGCCAAGGUGAUGGUUUCAUCCGGGCAGAUGGAAGUUCUGGACCAGUUGAAAGCUCUCCAGAUGGACAUCACAAGCUUGUACAACUUGAAAUUCCACCCUCCGGCCCUGGUCCCGGAGCCUGUGUGCCAGGGCCGCAGCCCCGAGGACAGCCCGGCCCACUCGUCUAUGCUCCAGAGAAAGGACAGCAUGGGAGAUCUGAGUCGGGCCACGAUCCGGCUGCUGGAGGAGCUCGACAGGGAGAGGUGUUUCCUGCUCACUGAGAUUGAAAAGGAGGAAAAAGAGAAACUGUGGUAUUACACCCAACUCCAAAGCCUCUCCAAGCGGCUGGAUGAACUCCCUCAUGUGGAGACGUUCUCAAUGCAGAUGGACCUGAUCCGUCAGCAACUGGAAUUCGAAGCCCAGCAUAUCCGCACGCUCAUGGAGGAGCGUUUCGGGACAACCGACGAGAUGGUGCAACGGGCACAGAUCCGGGCAUCUCGGUUGGAACAGAUUGACAAGGAGCUGAUGGAAGCACAAGAUAAGGUGCAGCAGUCUGAACCCCAGCUCUGUGGGAAAAUGUCCGUCAUGGAAGAGGAUGGGAGCCUGGAGGUUCCAACCCAUCCUGAAGAAGCAGAGACCCACCCAGGCAAUAGCAAGGUGGAAGUGGCCUUCUGGCUGCUCUCCAUGCUGGCCACCCAGGACAAAAAGGACAUGUCCCGCACCCUGCUAGCCAUGUCCAGCUCCCAGGACAGCUGCUUGGCCAUGCGGAAGUCAGGUUGCCUGCCGCUGCUCGUCCAGAUACUCCACGACACGGAUCGGGAGCCGGGCGCCGCACAGAGCCCCGGAGGAGCCGGGAAAGACUGCCGCAUGCGGGCCAACGCUGCCCUGCACAACAUCAUCUUCUCCCAGCCUGAUGAAGGGCAGGCCAAGAAAGAGAUGAGGGUGCUCCACGUCUUGGAACAGAUCCGCUCGUACUCAGAGACCUGCUGGGAUUGGCUCAAAGUGCACCACAAAGACGCCAAGACCCCUGAAGGGGGAGCAGGUCCGGUUCCUAUUGAGCCGCAGAUCUGCCAAGCGACUUGUGCUGUCAUGAAGCUGUCAUUCGAUGAAGAGUACCGCCGUGCCAUGAAUGAGCUAGGCGGGCUACAGGCCGUCGCUGAGCUUCUCCAAGUGGACUACGAGAUGCACCGAAUGACCAACGACCCCCUCAACCUGGCCUUGAGGCGCUACACCGGCAUGGCAUUGACCAACCUCACCUUCGGGGACGUCGUCAACAAGGCAGCGUUGUGCUCACGCCAGAGAUGCAUGCAAGCCAUUGUUGCGCAGCUAGCGUCCGACAGCGAGGAGCUACACCAGGUGGUGUCCAGCAUCCUUCGCAACCUCUCCUGGCGGGCAGAUAUGAACAGCAAGAAAGUCUUGAGGGAGGUGGGCAGCGUCACGGCGCUGAUGCAGUGCGCCUUGCGGGCCACCAAGGAAUCCACCCUGAAGAGCGUUCUCAGCGCCUUGUGGAACCUGUCGGCUCACAGCACGGAGAACAAGGCCGCCAUCUGCGUGGUGGAGGGGGCGCUGGGCUUCCUGGUCAGCACCCUCACCUACAAGUGUCAGAGCAACUCGCUAGCCAUCAUUGAGAGCGGGGGCGGGAUCUUGAGGAACGUCUCCAGCCUGGUGGCGACCAAGGAAGACUACCGGCAAGUCUUGCGAGACCACAACUGCCUCCAGACCUUGCUCCAACACCUGAAGUCCCACAGCCUGACCAUCGUCAGUAACGCCUGUGGCACCCUCUGGAACCUCUCCGCCCGCAGCCCCAAAGACCAGGAGCUGCUGUGGGACUUGAACGCUGUCAGCAUGUUGCGGAACCUGGUUGACUCCAAGCACAAGAUGAUUGCGAUGGGCAGCGCGGCAGCACUCCGCAACCUCUUGGCCAACCGGCCCCUCAAGUACAAGGACGCCAUGGUCAUCUCGCCCGGGUCGUGCAUGCCCUCGUUGUAUAUGAGGAAGCAGAAGGCGCUGGAGGCGGAGUUGGAUGCCAAACACUUGGCGGAGACCUUUGACACCAUGGAGAAGCAGAUCUUGAAGAACCAGAGCGCCAAAAAGCCCAUGCGGCACAUGGAGAACUUGGUGAAAGACUACGCUUCCGAUUCGGGUUGCUUCGAUGACGACGAGGUGCCCAAUGUCUCCAGCGGCGCGGAGACAGGGAAUGCGUCAGUCCUCUCCAUGUUCCUCAACUCCUCUUUUCUCCAAGGCCAGGCUCUUCCAAGAGCGGUCGCCCAAAGGAGAUGCCCGGAACCGGAGAAAGAUGAGAGCGGAAAGCCAACAGAAGCGAAAAAGGUUCCCCCGUUGCUUCUACCCCCGGACAAUGAGGUCUCCAUGGCAGCUGAGAAGUUGGCCAACAAGAUUUCCACCACCGUCGCCAAGAUAGACAAACUGGUGGAAGAUAUCUCCCUCCUCCACACCUCCUCCGAUGACAGCUUCAGCCUCAGCUCCGAAGACCACUGCCUCGACUGGCAAUACGGCUCGGAUGAGGUCCACGAAGCCCGGGCUCAGUCGUGCUCCCCCUGCCGGCUGUCGGAUGCCGGCGGGUUCGUCAAGCGGGAAGGUCUUAGCCGGGCUCACACCCUCCUGAGGCUGAAGACGGCUUACACCAGCUUGUCCAACGACAGCCUCAACAGCGGGAGCACCAGCGACGGGUAUUGCACGAAGGAGCACAUGAAACCCUGCACCAGAACAACGUUCCUGGACUUCAAGGACGAGCUGCACCGGCGUCAGAAGCGUCCCAGCCGCCUGGACUUGAAGAACAUCUUGAUCAAUCGGCCGGAGAAGGUAGAACCUCCAGUGAAGAAGCAUCAAGAGCUCAGUGAGGUGGCAGAGAAACCAGAACCACUGGAGAAGGCCAUGAAAACAGCAGUUUGCCAAAGCAGCGAAGUUGCUGAGAAGGAAUACGGAUGUAAGAAGGCAGCUUCCAGCAACGAGCUGCUGGAUCCCAACCUGACCGUCCAUACAAUUAAGCUCUCACCAUCCUACCAGCAUGUCCCCCUCGUGGAGAAUGUGGACAACGGCGAGCCAGAACCCGAGACUAUGAGGCUGUCGGGUGCCGGGUCGUACUACCAAAGCCUGUCCGCCCACAUGGUGGAAAACGCAAGCAAGGUUCCGGAGAAGCUUCCGGUCCCCGUGGGACAAGAGCAGCUGCAGAAAUACUCCGUGGAGGACACCCCGAUAUGCUUCUCUCGGUGCAGUUCUCUGUCUUCCCUUUCCUCAGCCGACAAUGUACUGGACGGGCAGAGCCACAGCGAGAAUGAGAUGGACAGCGACUCGUCGCUGGAGAUCAUCGAGGUGGAAGAAGUGGAAGAAGCCCACCGAGAAGAGCAAGCCGAGAAGGCGAAAAGGGUGGCGGAACCCCUGCCCACCGCCUCGCAGCCCAUCGCUAUCCCUUUCCCCAAGAAGGAGAAGGUCUUCCUUCGAGGUGUUUCGCCCUCCCGGCACGAAGACCUGACCCCGUCCAGCUCGUCCGAGAACUACAUCCAGGAGACUCCCUUGGUGAUGAGCCGCUGUAGUUCAGUCAGCUCGUUGGGCAGUUUCGAGAGCCCCUCUAUCGCUAGCUCUAUCCAGAGCGAGCCCUGCAGUGAGAUGAUCAGUGGGACCGUGAGCCCUAGCGAGUUACCCGACAGCCCGGGGCAGACCAUGCCUCCGAGCCGGAGCAAAACGCCUCUCUUUGAACUGGGCGGCCAGCCGGAGAAGGAGGCUAGCCAGUUCAACAUCCAGUGGGAGAACAACGUCAAGAAGUUCAUGGAGAUCACCGACUUCAAAGAGCGCUUCCAGAUGCCCCAAGACCUCGACUCCAUGGUCUACUUCACAGUGGAGAAACCCAACGAGAACUUCUCCUGUGCCUCCAGCUUGAGUGCGUUGCCCCUCCACGAGCACUACGUCCAGAAGGAUGUGGAGCUGAAACUCAUCCCUCCGUUCCCCGAGAGGAACGGCUUGAGCUUCAUGACGCACGAGAAAAGGGAGGAAGAGCGGACCAAUGAGAGGAAACCGGAGAGACUCGAGCUAACCUCUGACGAAGACGUUGAGAUCUUGAAGGAGUGCAUCAACUCGGCCAUGCCGUCCCGUUUCCGGAAGGUCCGUACGUCCCUUAUCUCUGGCCUCCCAGCCCAGGUUUUGAAUCCGCAGUCCAAGAAGCCGGUCCACGUUCCGGUCUAUAUGCUCGUCCCGGCGAACUCCCAUUUGGGUAUCUCCAAGCAGAGACGAGCUACCGUUACUAGACCCAACAAGGACUAUACUGGUGACGAGGAUUCUUUCACCGACUCAGCAGAAGGAACCCCGGUCAACUUCUCUAGUGCAGCUUCCCUGAGCGACGAGACCCUCCAGUACCCAUUGAAGGAGGACUCAAGGCAUUGCUCCGGUAAGAGGAGGGAAACGCCGGGGCCACGAGGAGCGGGGCUCAAGAUGGAGAUGAGGCAGUGUGAGCGAGGCAGCCCGCGGGCCGGAAGGAUAACCUCCAGCCACUCAACUCCAACCAAAAUGGCUUCCUCUUACAAGCACAAAACCGGAUCGAAUCACACCAGCCCACUUCGGGCAGGAAGGGCCCAAUCCGCCGAGUCCAAGAGAGGGCACGUUCCCCUCAAGAACCUGGAGUUGACCCUCGUGCGGCAAGGGAGCCUGAGGGCAUGUUCCGAAGGUAGCCGUUCCAGGAAGGAGGCUCCCCGGGAGACCGGGAGCCACAACAGUGACAUGGCCUUCCAGUCCCUGUGCCACACGACGCCGACCGAGGAGGCGGUGUAUUGCUUCUACGAGAACGAUUCGGAUGACCUGACGGAGCUCGGCAUGAAGAAUUCGCCCAAGAGGAAGGCCAGCAAAGGUCAAAAGAAAGAGUGCUGGGUGGCCAAGAAGGAGCCUGAGCAGACUGCGCGACAGCAGCUUCAGGCGAAAACCAAGAUGGCGCCCAAGCUCCGCAGCAAUCUCAUUGUGGACGAGACGCCGCCGUGUUAUUCUCUCAGCUCUUCCUUGAGUUCCCUCAGUGAUCUGGAGCUCUACGACCCUGAAGAGAGGAGUCAGGUGUACAGUGGCAGGGUCAACCGCCAGUUGACCCUCCACCGCCGCCACGAAAUGAGAGCGGCCAUAUCCAGAGGGAGAGACAGCUCCGCCAGUUCGCUGAGCUACAACUCAGAGGACGAUUUGCUGCAGAAGUGUAUCGGCUUAGCCGUGCCCAAGAGGAGACGCCCGUCGGGAAGAAGGCUGAACGGCGAAAAGGAGCGGAAGGCCCUCAAGGCCAAGGAGCGGAAGCCCGAAGCUUUGGUGGACGAAGCAACCGACGGAAGAGGUUCAGAUCUGGACAGCGUUGACUGGAAAGCCAUCCAGGAAGGGGCAAAUUCCAUUGUCACGUGGCUGCACCAAGCCGCCUCUUCUUUAGGCCGGGAGCCUUCCUCAGAAUCGGACUCCAUCCUCUCCUUUAUGUCCGGCUUCUCGGCAGGCUCUACUUUGCAGCUGUCUCUGGACAGGAAGGAAAAGAAGAGAGGGAAGAAAAACCCCGGUGGUCACACUGAGAAGAAAGAUCACCUAAAGGCUUUUCAAGAUGGUAAGAAGCCCACGGAAGCCGGAGCUGCCGGUUGCCGGAACGGCAGGGUGGAGAAAAGCCUCACCCAGCAGAAACCACUGACCAACUUACCGGUGGUCUUCCGUGGCCGGACGGUGAUCUAUAUGCCCGACGCGGGAAAGGAGUCACAGAUGCAGAGUGCCAAGUCCACCCCGAGGAAAACGGGGCCUGCAGUCAAGCCGGAAGCCCCCGCGAAGAACCCGAAUCUGAACCAACAGAGAUCGCGGAGUCUCCACAGGCCUGGGAAGAUCUCAGAAAUGGUGGACCUCACGCUGCCCAAGAGGAGCGCCACCCCGCCGGCCCGCAUUACCAAAGCACCUUCCUCUGGGUCGUCAAGGACGUCGACGCCGUCCCAGCCCAACCAGAAGAAGUUACCGUCGCCAUCACAGCCGCUCAACCGACCGAUGCUGUCUCGCGAAGCCGGGAAAGGCGGAGGCAACACGACACCUCCCGGCCCGAACCCUAAACCGGUCCAGAAAUCGCCCGUAUCCAAGCAGCACAAGACCCAGAAAUCUCCCGUCCGGAUCCCCUUCAUGCAGAAGCCCGCUAAGAAGACCCUUCCGGCAAGGAACAGCAUGCCUGUGUUGGAGGAGCAGGUGGGAAGAGGAGGCGCUGAUCCGAGGCCCAAGGCCACCGGGAAAGGCAUGUAUCAGAACAGCCGCCUCAACUUGGUGCGCAUGUCCUCGGUGAGGUCCGUUGGCAGCGACUCGGACCGCACAGGGUUCCUGCGGCAGCUGACAUUCAUCAAGGAGUCGUCUGGCCGCCUCAUGCGGCAUCACGCUGAGCUCUCUUCCUCGGAGCACAUGUCCUCGCUCUCUCAGGGUGGGUCUCCUCGGAGAGGCAGGCUGGGCCUGCCGACGGUCUUCCUUUGCUCGUCCCGCUGUGACGAUCUCAAAGUGGACAAGCCGGCGGGGCCAAGCCAACGCCCUGUCAUCUCCCGGGCGCCUCUUCCCAGCCCAAGAGUCCCGGUGGGCACCAGGCCUCCGAGACGAACCAGUUCGGAAAGCCCUUCCAGGCUCCCGGUCAAAACAAACCACGUCCCCCCGGAGCCAUUCAAGCGUUACUCGUCGUCCCCUCAGAUCAACGUUGUCAAGAGGUCAGCCAGCCCAGCUUCCACGCCUCCCUGUUGCCCUGAGUCUUUAGCUGGGGGGAAGAAGAAGAACGAGGAGACACCCAAAUUACCUGUGGUUCCUCCUCCUCCUCCUCCUCCUCCUGGGAUUGUGGAGCACGGGACCGAAGAGCAGCCGCAAGCAAGGGUCAAAGGGACCUGGAAAAGAAUCCGCGACGAAGACAUCCCCCAUAUCCUAAAAAGCACCCUCCCGUCAACUGCCCUGCCGCUCGUUAGCACCUUGAAGGAAGAGGAGGCCCACCAGACCUGGGGAACCCUUCAACGGAAGACCAGCGACGCCGUGGUACAGACGGAAGACUUCGCCAUGGCCAAGACCAACUCCAGCACUUCUCCAACGUUGGAGGCCCAGGAGAUCCCCAAGAUCGCGCCCGACGGCGGCGAGGUGGACGGCUUCAGCCCAGGCAAGGUCACCUUCACACACGAAGCAGCGGUCAACUCUCUUGGGAACUUUCCUCCGAGUAGACACAGCUCCCCGAGCAGGGCUGCGCGGGUGACCCCUUUCAAUUAUACCCCCAGCCCCAUGGUGGAGCCCACGGUCAACGAGAAACAGGUGGAGAAGGUGCAGGUUUGACCAUCCACCAGGUUGGCCUUGGAAGUUCCUGACAUGUCCUUAGGGACGGCUGUAUAUAUACAUAACGAACGUUCGUUCCCCG